CAGGGACGACGUAGGAUGGGGCCAGGGCCGCUGUUGUUAUUAAUGGACCUUGUUAGCUUCGUCUUCCUUCCUCUCCUAAUCCGCCAAUUCCUCAUUCUACGUUCAGGAGAAAGCCAUCAUCGCUCAACCCACCACAAGGCGGAUGAGUUCGGACAACCGAUCAUUAUACUGGGGAUCAGAUCAACCCACACGUUUUAUGCUGAUCACCGAGCUGACGUAGACGUAUAUGCAAGCAGUUCUGUCCAAAAAAAAAAAAACCAGACCAGAGGUAGUCCAUAUGACGAUGGCCAUGUACUGCUACAAACAUCCGGACGUACGGGUCUCAAGCAAGAUGUCUCAAAAAGCCCUCUUCUCCGUAUGAGGCAGCGGCCACAGCACCGGCUGGGGAGCCUGCGAACUAGGUAGGCAAGGUGCCAAGGUGGUCCUAUGGAGGACGAUAGUGUAUGAUGCAGAGAGUAUGGGGCGCAUGCACACCCAGGGACUCGAGGUUUUCUCAAGAUUUUUUACUUUACAUAUUUUCUUGUGCAGGAGCUUUGUGAAUGUGUAUCUUCAACAAAGCCUUAGAUCAUAUGUUGGUGCAUGGUACCGAUGGCUCUUUUUGAGAGUUGUUUAAGACAUGAUUUCAUUGCGAGCCCUUUGUGACUUAUCAAAGAUGGCCGGCCACCCGCCGGUGUAUUCGUACUCUGAACUAGAUUCUCUAGCAUUGAGAAGCAAAGUUAGAGAAGCUACAGUACACUAACUUAAUUUCUUCUAAACCUUAUGAUCAAGACCAAAAUGAUUUAAAUUAAUUUGCAUAAUAAAAAUUUCGGUUAUGCAUUUAGAAUAAUUACACAUAUGCAAAAUUAUGAUGUAAUAAAAUUUCAUUUAAACUUUUUUAUGUCUACAGCAAUUACCUACAACAAUUAAUUAUAAUACAUAUAUAAUAGAGUACUUAUGCUACAAUUGCCUGACUUUGCUUCGUUGAUUCCCCUGACUUUCAGUUCUGAACGUUAGAGGACACGGUUCCCUCGUACUCAUGACAAACUGGUCCAGGCUCAUUAGGCUCCAAUGGGUUGAGCUGUUAGUGCAAAGAUAUUCAUAUAGAAGUCUGUUAUCUAGAGCAUAUUUCUCCAAAAGAUAUAUAUAGACAUUUUUCAAAUUUGCCAAAAUUCAGAAACUUCAUACUUGUAAGCAAAAAAAGAAAAUUUUGUUAUAAGUAGUACAUGGAAUAUUUGUUGUAACUAAAAUUGUUUGUCAUUUUUUCACAAGACAAAAUUAAAUUUCUUGUUCUUUAUUUUGGAUACACAUUUGAUUAAGUAGUUUAGUAUAAGAUUCAUAGCAGUUUCUUAGAGAUGAAAACAAUUAAUUCUUAUUAUUUUGGUAAGAAAAUUGAGUUUUCGCCCUCGAUAUAUAUACCACAUGACCUAUAUAUAAUUAGUAUCAAGGACUUUAUUCUUAAAUUUUGAAUUGUGACUUUGGAUGUGUUUGGAACUUUUCUUUCUAUAAUAUAUGGUUAAUUAGCCUGGCAAGGAAAUUUAGCUAGCUAGCCACACAUGCAUGGAUCAUGCAAUAAUCUAAAAUGGAUCACGAUGUGACUACUGCAGGGGGGUCAAUGACGAGUUUUCUAUUGUUGUGUUGCAGUGGCAGAUUAGAUCGGCUACGUAUCCACACUAAGUUGAUCCAUCAACCGAUCUGCAGCCUCAGAAAAUCUCUACGCACAAGGUGGAUAAUAAUCAAUGGGUAAGAGCUAUCAACACCGACAACACCGAAAAGGCGAAUCACAUGGCGGUGGGCACUCUCAGAUGCAAGCGCCAACACCCCGCUCGGAAUUGAUUGAAAAGCUUGGGGGAUCGGACGGAACGUGGUUAUGCCUAAUAGCAGCAGCGUGCGCACUGGUCAGCAGUUUCCAAAAUUUCGAAGUGUUUCUAUCAGAUGGUGAUGGUGAUGGUUUUACCAACAAAGAAAUCAGUGAGGUGGUAACUGGCACAAUGGAGGCUGCCAUGAGCUGCCUCUAUAUAAUUCUGACACUGCACGAGUCCGUUUCCGAGUCCGUUUCCAAUCUGCUGCCAACACGGGCUGCGCUUGCGUCGUGGAAGUCGUGGGUCACAUCCCGUCCUCACGUCAGGAUUUUCAUUGACACCGCCAUUCUUGUGGUACUAUCUUAUCUGAUAUUACUGGACAUCAACUUGAGCUUCCUCUGGCUCGCCAUCUUCCCCCUAAUGGCCAUCGUUUUCAUACGAGCGCUCUACAUCAAGUUCAGUCGUGGUAAAGAUACUUCAGAAUCAUCUAACACCGCCGAGAAGACCAACAGGAAAACUAUGGAACUUAAGAUCAUAGUGAUGGUAACGCUCGGGGCGCUAUUUGUGAUGGACCAGCUUCCAGACCAUGUAGCCGAGGGCUUCGCAAUCUCUCAGUUCCUCCUAUUCCUAAGCACCACGGUGGCGGCCCUGACACGCAUGACGAUGAAGCUGCCCGAUGGCGCCACCUUACCGGGCAUAGAACCGGCGUCCGAGAUGCUCGACAAGUCCUUGCUUGUCCUCCUGCUGGUGACGGCACACACGGUGGCCGCAGAGUGGCUGGGCGAGGAUGUUGUACUUGUCUGCUUGCCGGAGGUCAUCCCCGUGCUUCUCUGGUUCAGCCUUCACGUCGACCGUAAACCAGGCAGCAGCUCCAUUAUCAGCGUUGACAAGAUGAAGCCACGCCAAAAGUCGCUCGUCUUCCUCGGUGCAAUUUUGGUACUGGUAGCUGUUUUUUUCACCUACUUGGCAAUCUCCAUGGAUGAAUCUGGGCUCUCCAGCUGCUGUACGACAUUCCUGGUGUCGUAUGGCGUGUCAGGGAUUCUGACCAGCUUCCUUGGGUUCAUGCUAAGUAGCUGGCCGAGGCACAAAGUAACAGCUGCUGGCAGAGAUGGGGCUUCUGGUAUGCUCAAAGUCUGGGCAUGUUCUUUGCUCAUUGCGGCAGCUGCGUCGCUGCUGCUCAGGUGUCUGCAGUAACCACUACAUCCAGUUUGGCUCGGGUAAAGUGGUACCCUCUGCCGAAAUAUUCUACUGGCACUGUCCCCGUGCUUGCUACGAAGAAAUACCACACAAAUAGGCAAGGAGUAAGGCCACACUCACGAGGAUUUUCCCUAGAACUCUGGUGUCAUGGGACUGUUAUCAGGUUCCGUAAAAAUAAUUGCUGUUGGUUCUCUACGAGCGUGUAUAUAUUUGUUUGUGUUUCUUUUUAAAAAACUGCUGGUUCUAUAUUUGAUUUUGUAUGUGAUUUAUAGGAUCACACGUGUGUAGAUGGUUGUAGUCAUUUAGUACAAAAUUUGUACUGUAACUUUAUAUUUUUUAUUCAAUUCGUUUGUAAACCA